AUGUGUUCUGAGAUGGGCUCCAGCGGCACGGGCAUGCAGCUCUUGGCCUUGGCCAUCAUGACCAUCAUCGCCAACCUCCUACUGUACUUUUCCAAUGGGCAGGUGCUGGAGCCUGCCCAGAUUACAGACCUGUUCUGGUUUUUCCACGGCCUUCUUGAAGCUGGACUCUUAGUAAUGGUGCGAGCGCUAAUGCUGUUGAGAGAAGGCAGAGGGGGCUGCUGUGCUCACAGAUGUAAGAUGCUGUUUCCUGUGCUUCUGGCCAUGCAGGGCACAAUGGAGGCUGUGUACCAUGUGGCCAUUUCUUUACUCGGUUUGUUCUGUGGCCCCUUCUGUGACGCAGGCAGUGGAACCUAUACCUACCCUUUCAGGCAUAACACCAUGGAGGACAACUACUUAUUCAACCAGCUGACCUGGGCCACCUGCCAGGAGCCUGAGCAUAUCAUCCUCUGGAAUGAUUUGCUUUCCAUUCUCCUGGGCAUCGGUGUGCUGGAAGCUAUGCUCUGCCUUCUUCAAGUUGCCAGUGGACUCUGUAACAUCUUCUGCGGUACAUGUGUCGGAAAAGGACAGGUGGACAUAACUGGCUCCUGAUCUAAGAAAUCACAAAUGAUUGACACAUAAAGAAGACUUCCUCAGGUUCUGAAG